UUUAUUAUACGUCGGUGUGUCUGGCUAGAAGUGUGUGCAGCUCGCUCGUCGGUUUCGUCGGACCUGUGCAUAGAGAAAAAUAUAUACAAUUAAAAAAAAAAACCAUAGAAGAAAAAUACAAUUUUUCAUUAUAUUUCUCUGUGUUUUAAAACAAAAUACAAAAAAUACAUUCUUUUUGUAUUCUUAUGUUUAUCAACAUUUUUUGGUGAAAUAUUUACAUUCUCUUCUGAGAUAAAAAAAAGUAAUUACCUUUUCCUAUCAAAAAAAAAAAUUCUCACAUCUUCAAGAAGUGCAAACUGUGAAGAAGAAAAAAAAAAGAAAAAAGAAGAUACACAGUUUUGAAUUUGAAUUGAAGUUCUCUUUUUUUUUUUUUGUCUGUCGUCUUCCAUUCAAUUCUUUUAAUCAAACGAUGCGAUAAUCGAUUUAGUGUGUGUCGUUUUGUAUUAAAAAUUUCUGUUUGAAUGUGUAUGUGUUUCGGUGUUCAGCGCGGCAUAAAUUUUCUUCCAACUUUUCUAUCGGUGUGUGUGUGUCUUUAUUUGCCUCUCUCUCUUCCUCGUGUCUUUUCUCUUGGCUGUGUUCACGCGCGGUGACACACAAACACUUGUGCAUUAUGUAAAAUAGAGGAAGAGGCAAUCAAAAGAGGAUCGACAAGAAAAACCAACAAAAAAAAAGUUUUUCAAUCUAUAAAAAAUAUUUUUUUAUCACCUUUUCUUCGCACUUCCAAUUUUUAUAUUAUCUAUUUUCUUUAAUCAUUUCCAAAACAAAUGAAAUUUACAGUUAUAUUGUUGUUAUUGUUUUUGCGAAAAUAUAAUAAAAUGUCACUUUUUUUUUUUACAAUUCAGCCAAUAAUGGCUGUGUCCAGUGAUUAUUGAAGAAAAAAAUUUAAGAAGUUUUUCGGGAAUUAGGGUGUCUCGGCUAAGAAACAAAACAAAAACUUUCUUAACUUGCUACUGCUGAUAGAAUUUGCAGUAAUUCACGUGCUUUUUUUUAAACAGAUAGAAAAAGCAAUACAAAAAAAAAAAUCACAAAAACGAAUAUAAAACAGAAAGAAGUAAAGUGAGUGGCCCGCCACCACCGCUAACAGCGCCACCACAUCCCCUUUCAUUAUCAAAGUGAAAGAAGUGCAAGAAAAAGAUGCAAAAUUAAUUCAAAUAAAAUUUAAAGGAAAAAGCGAAAUAGAAAGAAAAAAAUGUUUCUUGUGUACACAAUUAAAUUUUUGUUGCAUCUGGAAACAAUCUAUAUAUCUGUACUGACGUGUAGAGCGCGAGAUUAUAUAUCUACACCAAAGUGGUAUAUAUUGCCACCGCAUCGGACAGCGCCAAAGUCUCACCUCACCUCACCGACCGUUGGUCGUCGUCGUUCAUCGUCCAGAGACCAAAGAGGUGUAUAGAGGAGAAAGAGAAGAAGAACCAGAAACAAGUAGAGGAGGCCAAUCUAAACGAUCGUUUUUUUGAAAUUAUUGACCCCACUGUGUUGUCGCUGUGCUGCCAUCGUCAUCGCUGCAGGGCGUCGUUUAAUCGUCGCCAUAAAAAUUAAAUGGCUAAAAUGGAUGUUGACGAUGUGGUCGAUUUGAGUUUAGGUUCUGGAAGAGACUCUCUAACCAUAACUCAAGCCACAGUAAGAGAUUUGCGUGCAUUGACCCAAAACGCUGGUUUAACAAUAACACCCGCACCGCCACCACUUAAUAAUUUUGUCGAACAACAAGAUGAGAAUAAAGUUCAACGGAGAGUCUUACGUCCCCGUACUGAACCGAAAUCAUAUGCCGAAGCACCUGAUAUAGUGCUAUUGCCGGCCCGUGUCAAUGGACGGGCUCAAAAUGGAAAUAUUGAUUCAGAGACUGACGAUGAAGAAAUGCCACCAUACUAUCCGAUCAAAGAACUCACUCCAGCUGAGCUGAGAGAGCGUGAAAAGGGAUUGCGAAAAUUGCGUGAAGAUCUGCGUAACGAAGAAACCAAAUUGGUUUUGUUGAAAAAGCUGAAACAGUCGCAACAUGUGAUGAAGGAGAAUUUGGUGGUGACACCAACAAAUGUCUCACCAACUACGAACAAUAAUAAUCCGCUAGCAUCGAUUCCGGCGGCUUUAACAAAAGGAUCGUUGAGUGUGACGCCCACGAAUGUAGUGCCACUUCCUGCCCAUUCAAAAGGACGACCUUCUCCUGUUUUAAAUUUAAAUUCGAAUCAACUUUAUAGUAAUAACAAUACAAGCAUUAGUCGUUGUCAACCCCAAUCUGGUCGAUCGAAUACAACUAUACUUCCCCCGCCACGCUCAUCUCUGCCAGGUGGAGCAACAUUGACAGCUGGAAGUAGUUCAUCAUCUGUGCAUCGGACAAGUUCAAUAUUGCCACGUACCGGUUCGAAUCUCACCAUAACACCAUCAGUGACAAUAACACCUACAUCAGCACCACCAUCGGGAAUUAAACCACGCAAUCUAAGUAUUUCGGAUAAUUCAAAGGUAUCUGGAUCUAUAAGCAAUUCUGUGUCCAUUACCCCCGCCCCACCACUGCUUUCGCAACAGCAGCAGCAGCCGCCGCAUCAACAGCAGCAACAACAACAACAGCAACAGCAGCAUAAUGAGUUAAAGAGUGACCGCUCAUCGACGAGAGAAGAAGUUCAAAGUCCCGCUCAAAGACAGGCAGCCGCCAAAUUAGCAUUAAGAAAACAGUUGGAAAAAACUCUGCUUCAAAUACCACCACCAAAACCUCCACCACCAGAAAUGCAUUUCAUACCGAAUCCCAGCAAUACGGAAUUCGUAUAUCUUCUGGGCUUAGAGACCGUGGUUGAUUAUCUUAUGACAAAGGAUAAAAAGCCAACGACUGUACUUCCGCCAUUUAGAUGUGCGCAGUGUAAGAUUGACUUCACCCCCGUUUGGAAAUGGGAGAAGCAAGGUAAUAAGGAUCCUAAAGUCAUUUGUGAACAAUGUGUGACGACAAAUGUGAAGAAGGCUCUCAAGGCAGAGCAUACAAACCGACUGAAACAGGCUUUUGUUAAAGCUUUGCAACAAGAACAAGAAAUUGAACAAAGGCUCGCCACACAAAGUAGUCCAUCGCCAGUAGAUUCUCAUGCAUCGCAUUCAUCGACGCCAGUUCCGCCCCCAUCAUCGAUGAUUAUGAUACCGACUAAAUGUCAAACCCCAACACCGACUCCCACGCCAACGCCGCGACCAACACCACCACCACCAAGUAGUCAGCCGACACCUCCACCGCCGCCACCAACAACACCGCGAUCGUCGCGGCAGCAGCAGCAGCAUUACGAUCUAAGUCCAAGUACUCCAUCGCCGAGUCCGAUGUCAGUGGCAGCAGCGGCUGCUGCUGCCGCAGCUGCGGCGUCAGUUUCUGCUCAACAACUGCAACAACAACAGCUGCAACAUCAACAACAAUUGCAACAACAACAGCAGCAAUUACAACAACAACAACAGGCGUUGCAACAGCAAGCUCUUCAGCACCAACAACAGCAACAAAGAGAACAGCAACUUCAACAAAGAGAGCAACAACUACAAAGAGAGCAGCAACAACAACAGCAAAGGGAACAGCAGCGUGAACAGCAGAGAGAACAACAAAGAGAGCAGCAAAGAGAGCAGCAGCGAGAACAGCAAAGAGAGCAACAAAGAGAACAACAAAGAGAGCAACAAAGAGAACAGCAACGAGAACAGCAAAGGGAGCAACAGAGAGAACAGCAGCAACAGCAAUUGCAGCAGCAGCAAAGAGAACAGCAAGCACAACAACAACAUCAACAACAGCAGCAACAACAACAGCAGCAGCAACAACAAUUUUCGCCGACAGCGGCAGCAGCAGCAGCAGCCGCUGCAGCAGCACAACUUAAUGCACUCGGCAGCUUACCGGGACUAAAUAAUUUGGCCGGCCUAGGCAAUUUAGCUAAUCUUGGCAAUUUAGGCAAUUUGGGUAAUUUAGCCAAUCUUGGAAGUUUAGGUAAUAAUUCACCUGCUGCAACAGCCGCUGCAAUGCAAGCAUUCCAACAGCAGCUAUUUAGAGCUUUGGCAGGCUCCAACCCACAACAUAUGAUGCAGUUUACACCUUUGCUCUACUCAUAUCAUAUGGCUAUUGCACAAGCUCAAGCAGCUGCUUUCAAUAACAAGAAAAAUGUCUCCUCCAGUAAGAAUGCACCUAGUUUAGCAGAUAUACAACGUGCAGCUGAAAUGCAACGACAGUAUUUACUCGAAAUGAUCCCACCCCAAGCGCCGGGACCGAGUAAUAGUCGUCAGAAUAACUGGAAGACUUAAAAAUACCAAGUUUGUUCAAAACAAAAAAAAAUCGACAGUUAGAAUACAGCAUAAAACAUCCAUAAAAUCAAAUAAAAUAAAACAUGCCCCACAUCCUCCAAAUCAAAUUUAAAAAAAUGGACAAGAAAUACAGCGGGAAACUGUUUUCAAAAAAUAAUAAAACAAAAAACAAUAAUUGCAAACAAAACAACAAAAAAGCAAUUUAUUUAAAUUUAAAAACAUAAUAAACUUUUUUAUAAUUUCACAAAAAAAAAAAAAAAAAAUUAUGUUUCCAAUUUGCUUGAUUAAAUUAAAUUUUGCAUUAAUCAGAAACAUUAAUAUUAUGUUAGUUAUAGCUCAAUUCAGAUGCAAAACAAAACAAAAAAAAAAUAUCUAUAAAUACACAAAAAAAAAACAAAAAACAAAAAAAAAUGCAAGUGAACAUUAAGUUUUCUAAGUAAUGUAAUUAUUAUAUUAAAUAUAUAUAUAUUGAUAGAAUUUUAUAUUUAUAUGUAAAUGUAUUGAUGUAUGAAUGAAUUCAAUUUUUUUUGUUUGUUUGAUUGAUUUUUUUUUUAAAUAACAAACAAAAAAAAAGCAAAACAAAAGAAACAAAAUGCUGCAACAUGCAAAAUCUAAGUAUAAACUUAUUUUAUAAAUACAUAUAAUUUUAGAAAAUAAACUUUCACUGUAAUUAUUAUUAUUAGUAUACCUUAAUUCUUUUUUUUUUAAUUAAAUUUAAUUUAUUUAAACAAAAAAAUAAAAUCGUAAAGAAAAGCACACACACAAACACACUCAUAACCCGACAAAACAAAUAAAAACUACUGAUAUAAAAAAAAAUAGAUUUUAAACAAAAAAAUAUAAAUCAAAAACAAUAAAAUAAAAAAAAAAAACUGCAAUUUUUACAGGCUUAUAUUACAAAACAAAAAACAAUUAUAAACUAAAAAACAAACAUCUUAGUUAAUAUUAGUUAUGUUUUUUCAUUACAAUGUAAUUGUUAUUUCUUUUUAUGUAAAUUAUUACAAUUUAUUAUUAAAAUAAAAAAAAAAUAAAACUUAGUACGAUAAAUAAUUUUCCAAAAAAAAAAAAAUUAAAAUAAAAUAAAAAUAAAAAUGUUUUGCUUCUUGAUCGUACAAAUUAAUUUUUAAUUCGUUUAAUUAACAAUAGAUAAAUAUUUUAUUUUUAAUUUAAAAUAGCGAUAUAUUAAUUUAAACAAAAUGAAUUUCUACCAGAUUAAACAACAACAACAACAAAAAAAGAAAUACAUAAAUCCUAAUAGAAAUUUUUUUCACAUAGAAAAUAUAGUACCCAAGACAUACAAAAAAAAUAUUCAAUCAAAUUAUUACAAACCUUAAAAAUAAAAUAAAACAAUUAAAUAAAACAAAAACAUUUCUACAAUCAACAAAAUGGAUACCACCAUUUUUUUUCUCCUUAACAUUUAAUACAAACAAAAAAAAAUUAAAUCAAAAUAUUAUUAAAAAUGUACUUUAGUUUGUUUUGUUGUUGUCAGGGAUAUAUAAAAAAAGAUGAUCGAUGCCUUAGUUUUGUUUUAUUGUAUGUAUUUUUUUUUAUUUCGUUAACUGCCUGUUUUGUUAAACUAAUUAUAUAUGAAAAAAUUAAAAUUAACUUUAUUUUCAAAUUUUGUUUUUCAUAUAUACGUAAAUAUAAUAAUUAUUGUAUGCCAUUGGCAAAAGAAAAUUGAGGAAAGAAAUUUUUUUAUAUGUUUUAUUAUUUUCGUUUAUUCUAAUUUUAGUUUUAGUGUAGUAGAUCUUUUUAAAACUUGUAAAUAAGAAAUACCGGUGUUUUAAAAUAAUAAAUAUUAAAAAAAAAAAUAUUAAAAUUUUUUGUUUGAUUUUAUUUUGUAUUGGCUUGAUUAUGCUUGGAUUUAUAAGAAAAAAGAUAACCAUAUACUUGCCGACGGAUGGCAAACAAUUAUUCGAUUCACGCAAUACAAAUAACGCUUAUUCUUUUCAGGAAAUGAUACCCUAUUAUUUAAACGGUCAGAGGAUAAGAACAUAUUAUUUUUUUUUUUCUUGAGAAGUUUUUUAUAAAAACUUGAUUUAUGUUCAGAAAUAAAAAAAAAGAUAUUUUAAUCAAAUGCAGAAAUAUUUUCUUUUUUUAAUUAAAUUGACUAGUUACACUAAUACAUGAAUGGCAAAAGAAAAAAAAUAUGAACGUUGUUUAAUGUGUCAAUUAUUAUAAAUACAUAGCAAAUAGAUUGAAUGAUAAAGAAAAGAAAUAAUGAGAAAAAGAAUUACAUAUUCAAAAAUAUAAAACAGUUUUUAAUUUAGUUUACUGGUUUUUCAUCAUUAUGUCCAUCAUAAAUAAAUUGGAAAUCAAAUUCAUAAACAUAACUCAACAAAAUAUGACUAAUAUAAUAGUGUUCUCGUUUAAAUCAAGAAUUCAACUUUAAACUUAUCGUUAUCUUUGCUUAUAUUUUUAGUAUAAUUUUAGUAACUGACAUUUAAAAAAGAAAGUACGACUGAAUAGAUCCAAAUCGAUUUGUAAUCAAUUUUGUUUAUUGAAAUGAAAUUCCAUAUUUAACUUUUCGUUCGUAGCUUCGACCUUUCAAAACUGAUUUAUGGACUUUAUCGAUCAUUGUUGCAAUAACAAAAAAGGAAUUCAAAUCGGAAAGAAAUUAUCAGCCUUCUUACCGAAAUCUCUUUUACUAAAAUGGUAAAAAAACGACUCGCUCUAGAACUAGGAAUUGAUGAUUGAUUGAAUUAAAAAACAGUUUGUUUUUUUCUCAAAGUAACAAAAGUAUUUCGGGAGGACAAAUUUCUACGUGAAACUCAGGAAAAAGCUGAUUGUGAAAUCAGCUAUGCUCAAAAAAUACUCCUAAUUAAGAACUAUUUUUCAAGUUGGAAAGUGAUCAGACAUAUAUAGCUGAAAAAAAACUUCCCGUUUAUGCAAUUUAGUCCCUUAUGUAUUUCGAAAAGAGUAUUAAACGUUCGACUUAAAGCAAUUAGUUACAUUGUUAGUUUCACGUGAAAACGAUUCCACCCGGAAAAAUUGAAUUUCACUUUUCACGAAUUGUGAGUUACGGAUGAAAAGUUGUUCACUUUCGGGUGAAAAAAUGUUCACAUGAACCUCACGUUAGGGCUAAAUUAUUUAAAAAAUCCGUGCAGCAGAAAAAUUUCGGUUAAAAAUUUAGAUGGUUAAUUUCCAAAACGAAUGAAUAGCUUUAAAGAUUCCGCGAUAAAAGAAAAAAUUUCGAAUGAAAAGAUUUCACAAUUUGGUCAAAUUUGUGAUAAAAAAAAUUUAAAGAUUUCCACAUAAAAAUACAUAUUUAAAGUGGUUUCAGAACACUAGUCCACAUCGGGAAUCUCCAGGUGAAUUUCAUUUCACUGGAAAUAUUUAUUUCUCAUGGAAUUUUGUAUCCUUUCGAACAAGGCAUAAAAAAAGAAGCAUUCUCAUGAAAUCACAGUCAUAUUCUUUGGGGGUCAAUUCGGCUAAAAGCCUGGGGUAAGACAAAUAAGAAAAUUACCCCCCUAAAUUUUAAACUUGAAAUGAAAAUUUUCAGCUCAUUCAAAUGAAUUAAAAAGAAAAUCAAUUUUCCUUUUUUUAUUUUGAAAUUUGUGUACCUACAAUUUAAACUUUUACAACUACAAUUUGAUUUCAAAAACCCAAAACUCAGUCGUGCAUUUUAUUGCAUUAAUUUAUAGAUACUGUUCUGUAAGAAAUAUUUAAACGAAUCUUUAAUUGCAAAUUAUAAAUUAAAAAUUUCCACAAAUUUUGUGUAAUAUUGAAUUUCUUUCACCACGCAAUAGUUGUCAUGUUAAUAAUAUAAAAACAAAAACUUAAGUUCGUCAUACCUAAAAAUUAAUCAAUCACAUAAAAUGUACAUGAAUUACACAUGUUUCAAAAAAAAAAAAAAAUAAAUACAAAAAAUAUAAAAUACUAAAAACUUUUUAGAAUUUAGAACAUAUUUAAAACAAAAAAAAUCACCACGUAGCACCUAAGUAAUAUCGUAAUUCAUUAAGCCGCAUAUUAAAUUCAAAAUAUGCCGAAAUUCAAAACUAAAUGAAAAAAAAAAAUUCUUAAUUUUAAUUAAAUUAUUUAAAAUAAGUUUAAAUGUAAAUUCUUAAAUUAGAAGCUUAUUUCAUAAAUUAAGAAAUACAAAAUUUAUACAAAAAAGAGCAAAACAAAACAAACAAAAAAAUAAAUUAAAAUAAAACGAAAAAGCAUCGAAAUGUAAAUAAAACUAUUUUGUAUUUUGACUGAGACGAAUAUUUUGAAACAAAAUUAAAAACCAAAAAAAAAAAACAACAAACAAAAUCAAGUCGCAAAAUAUAUUUUUAAUUUUUUGUUUCAAACCUUAAACUAAAAUUGUAAGAAAAAUUAAAACAAAAAUUAACAUGCAUAUAUUUUAAUUUAAAAUUUUUAGGCCCUAUAACGGAAACAUAUUUUUGGAUAUAAAAUUAAAUAUUAAAAUUAAAAUUCAGGAAUGUUGGUUGAGUAAAAAAAAGUAAGAAAGAAAAGAAUCAAUCUGCGGAAACGAUGGAAAAUUUUGUGAUCAUGUAAUUUAGGCAAAAAAAAAGAUAAAAAAAUAACUAGAAAUUGAAACUGUUUGCAAUAACUUAAAAAAAAAGAAAGAA